AUGAUUCAUGCCAGAAAACUUGUUCCUUUACUUAUUUUAGCAUACUCAGUUGUUCAGAUUGAUGCUCUAUCUACAACGCCUAUCCCACAAUGCGCUCUCCAAUGUGUAUCUCAGGCAGUUAGCCAAGCCGGUGGAUCAAAUUACAAAUGUAUGGAUCCGGAUGCUACGAAAGAAUUGAUCAGUUGCAUCUCUCCAAUUUGUAACGCUCAAGAGACAAAGACCUUUUUGGAGAGACGCAAGCAGCUAUGUGAAGCGCCGCUAACAGAUCAUCGCCAAUCGAUUCGGAUAAUAGUUACAUUAUUUGCAAUAAUUGCCACAGUGUUCAUAAUUCUGAGAGUCUCAUCAAGAUUCAUCUUGAAGACCCCGUGGGGCUCUGAUGAUACCUCAUCCCUUAUGACUUUUUUAACCCUAAUACCGUUUACUGUCUUUACCAUACUCGCUAUAAAAGCUGGGGUUGGGAUGUCUGCACCACUAUUCAAUCCCAAAACAAUAUCUCAUCUUUUCAGGGUAUUGUAUACUUGUCCUCUACUGAUGUCAAACGAUGCUAAGAAAUCCAAGUGGACAUUCAUUGUCCACAUUCACUACAUUAUAGGUGUUGCGUUGGCUAAAAUCUCGAUCUUGUUCUUUUAUAUGCGGAUAUUCCCCGACUACAAAUUCACCAUCUUGGUAUGGGUGACUAUGGCUUUUAUUGGUGUCUCUUCAAUUACCCUAAUCACUCUUACUUUCACGGUGGGACGUGCCGUCACACUCUGCUUGAACGUCAAAGAGGACUUUUUAUUCACGGCAGACAAGUACUUCAGUCUCAACGUAAUCAUCCUGGUAUAUUGCGCGCUUAAUUGCGUUCUGGAUAUCUGGUUGCUUGCCUUACCUAUGCCACAGCUCUAUGGGAUGGGACUGAAACGGAGAAAAAAGAUUCGAGUUAUGGCCAUGUUUAGCCUGGGUGCUUUUCUUCUCCGGACUAUAAUGCAGGCACAGAUUCUCUUACCCUCUCAAGGAGCAGUGGAUGCUGGCCAACAAUGGAUCGUUCUUUGCGCAUGCGUGGAAAAUUAUGUUGGUUGCAUUGUGACCUGCAUUCCGGCAGCCAGGCAGCUAUUAUCGAGAUUGCUUUCUAGACAUUCAGGAGACCCACAGAGCAAGACACCUGUCUUCGUAGUGCGGUCUCUUGCUGAAAUUACUGACGAUGAGACGUCAUAG